AUGCUUCGACGAUUAUCAACCUCUACCGCAAAAUCCUUCAGAUUGCUUCCCGAGUUCAAACUCAAAUGUGGGGUGGAAAUUCACACACAAUUGAAGACCAAGUACAAACUUUUUUCGUUAUCACAAACGGGAUUCAAUGACAAUUGCAAUACAAAAGUAAGCUACUUCGAUCUUGGCUUACCAGGAACUCAGCCGAAGUUGAAUCCAGAGGCCUUGUAUUUAGCUCUCAAAGCAUGCGUGGCAUUAAAGAUGAAAAUACAACCGUUUUCUAAAUUUGAUAGAAAGCAUUAUUUUUAUCCUGACCAACCUUUGGGAUAUCAAAUCACACAGCAUUUUCAUCCAUUGGCCAAAGACGGGGUUUUGGAGUUGACCGAUUUUGACAAUGCACUGGGGAAGAUUGGAAUAGAGGCGGUGCAGUUGGAGCAAGAUACGGGGAAGAAGUUUGGUGAUAUUAUAGACUAUAAUCGAGCUGGAACGCCUUUGAUUGAAGUUGUGACAAAACCAGACUUUCAAAAUAUAGACCAAGUCUGCGCGUUUGUUAAAAAGUACCAGUUAUUGGUGCGACACCUAGGGAUUUGCAGUGGGAAUUUGGAAACAGGAGCAAUUAGGGUAGAUGUCAAUAUUAGUGUCAAUGAUAAUCCUAGAGUUGAGUUGAAAAACAUCGGUACAACAGGGGACAUUUUGAGUGCUUUGAAAUAUGAAUACAACGAACAGGUGAAGCGUAUUCGCACUGGUGAACCGAUUAUACAAGAAACAAAGUCCUGGGAUGGGUAUACGACGAUAGCGUCACGAAGCAAAGAAAAUGCAGUUGAUUACCGAUACGUUCCUGACUCUGAGCUCCCUAGUAUUCAUUUGAGUGGCAACAUUGGUGACGAAAUUGGGGCUUCAAUGCCUGACCUUCCUGACCAAAUUUUAGCACGCUUGACUGGAGAACCACACAAUUUGCAAUUGGCACAUGCAAAAAACUUGCUCGCCGAACCUGAACAUUUACAAUACUAUGAGACUUUUUUUGAGAUGCUUGGGGGUUUAGAUGCAAAUAAGUGGAUGUUCCAAGAGCUCAUCACAGCGUUUGCUAAACUAGACAAAGAGUUUGAUGUGACGGUCAUAAGCCCGGAGACGUUGAUUGAAAUUGUCAAAUCAGAGUACUCCUUGGUAUCAAAAAGAUUGAUAUUGAGGUAUCUUGUUGAAAACCAGGUUCCGCUUGAAAAGGCGAUUUCCGACUUGAAACUAGAGUCCGAUACUCAAACAUUGGACAUCAAUGAGAUAUGCAUGGGGGUUGUCAAGUCGAGUCCUGAUGUGGUAAAGAGAAUCAAAGAGGGUCACAAAAAUGCUAUACAGGUUUUGGUUGGCAAAGCAAUGAAAAUUACCAGAGGUAAAGUGCACGCCAAGGAGUUCAGGGAUGCAUUUGUUAAACUCCUAUAA